UGGGACUUUCCGGAUACGUCACUCGGGGCUUCCGAGUUAUCAAGCUAGCUCUACCUCUGUGUUCAUGUCGUUAGACACUGUUAACGUCGCCUUGUUGCUCUGGAGUAAACACCAAAAGAGACCAUGAAAACGCCAAAGGCUCCUUACAUCACCGAGAGGUUUGUAUAUUAAGACGUCGUUGUCGGGAGCGACGGGCAGACUGAGAUUCGGAAUGUCAACAACGCGGCCCCUCCUCGGGAUGAGGCGAGUCACCGAGCUAAUGUGCCAGGAGCAGCCGAGCAGCAGGCUCCCUGCGGCCGCCGCGAGGCAGCAGCUCGAGACCCCCACCGUGGACGAGUUUACGGUGCUGGAGGAGAAAGAAAAUGAGCUGAAAGCUGCCAAGCCUCGAGUGGAGCAGGUUUUUAAAGUAACAUUCACCAUUAUCGGUCUUUUGGACCACACGGGACUGCCGCUCGGUAGCAAAACAUCACGGCAGAUAUGGCUGCAGCUCAUAGGAAACACAGACGACGUGUCGAAGGCAAAGGAAUAUGUUCGAGGACUCUGUGACCCAGAACUACAAAAAGAAGAGAGAUACCCGGUGGACAUGCACUGUAUUUUUGCCGGGGCUCGGGGCCUCUUCCUCGACAGGCUCAUCCGGGACACCAGUGCUGAAGUGGUGGUGCCCGAGCUGGGCCGCCUGCGUCUGUUGGGCCGGGCGGAACCCGUAGUCAUGGCGCAGAGCCGGGUUCAGCAGUUUGUAGCACUAUUCCUGGAAAAGCGAAGUCUACCAAGUGACAGAGAGCCGGCAGUGAAACGAGCGUUCAAGUCCUUCGUCGAGGAAAGAGAUGACAAGUACACUAUGGAGCUUCUUCUGCUGCCCAGUGCCCUGAAGGAAGAGCUCCUGGGACUGGCUCACAGCCCCACCUCCACCUCCACAUCUGCCCUGGCUCAGCUCAACCAGACGCUUCACCCCAGCAUGGUGGAGGCGGAGCAGGACCGCUCGCAGAGCAGCACCCCCGUGACGGAACUCUCCAACCGCAUCCUGGGCACCAGCUUCGAGGAGAAAGGGUCCGCAGCAGCGUUUGGAGGUAAAGCAGCAGGGGCAGGAGGAGGUGCGGGUCCCGAGGCCGUCCUGCUCAACGGGAACCGGUCCUCACACAAGCGGCGCUCGUCGGAGAGCGAGAAUCGGGACACAAAGAGACAAUACUCUCUGGAGCGGAGGGAGGAGUCGCCGGAGAGAGCGAGAGAGAGAGAGAGGGAGAGACAGAGGGACAGAGAAGGCCGGGGGGGCAGCAGCAGCAGCUGUAGGUCCAAAACCCCCUCUGCUUCAUCAUGCCACUCCUCUUCCUCCACCUCCUCCUCUGCAGGGAAAGCAAACACUGUAGUGGGUGUGAGCAUGUUGGACUCCAGUGAAGGAAUCUCAGACGAAGGGGAGGCAGUGAGCCCGGAAACCAACCUCCGCUGCCUAGUCAACUUCUUCAGAACCAUGGGAUACCAGCAGGAAGUAGUGGAGCGUGUCGUCAAGGAGACGGGUCAAAUAGAAGACACCUUCCUCGUUCUGGAGAAAAUUGUGGAGGAAACCAAACGUUAUGAAGAGGGGUCAAGAGGAGGGGAAAAAGAAAGACAAUUGAACUCUGUGCGCUCUCCUGACACCUCCUCAUCAUCAUCAUCAUCCUCUUUGGCCUCUUGGUUCAGAGAGAAGGACCGGGAGCUGAGCCGAGCGCUGGUGGACCCCGGCAGGUCGAAGGAGAACAUCAGGCCAAAGCAGCACAGAGGCAGCAGCAACGGGCUGGGGCACCGGAGGCAGUGCAGCGGCAGCGAGACCAGCACUCAGCAGGCCGUCACUAUCAAGAGGAGCUCUAGUGCUCAGGGAGGAGCGAGAAACUACGACGUCAUCACCAUCGACGAUGACAACGUCAUCGUCACCAAUACCAAUACGGCAGAGAGCAGGAUGUCCCGGAUGAUGACUGUGCCUCACCUGGACACCCAGUCAGGAUCCAGACCAGACUACUUGGCGCGGGGAGGGGGGGCUGCCUCACAGAGGGACUACCUGUCGAGGGGGGGGACACAGACUUUGGGAGGAGCGGUGAAGGUGGAGACGGUGACGGCGCUGCGCAGCACGCCGCAGUGGCUCGCUGCCACCACAUCAUCUCUAGCCUCCACCCCCAGUUCAGCUCAGCCCAUUCCCCGCCCGUCGUCCUCCUCAGCCUAUCAGACGAUCGGCCACACGGGGUAUCACGAGUUCGGGACCAGGACCCCACCUGCCAACGACCCCCCUGCCCCCCCGGUGACGGGCCUUUCUCGCUUCAAUCAGUCGCUGAGGACCCCGUACACUCUGAAGCUGCCGAACGAGCCGGGGUGUCAGGAGUUGCGACACAUCAUCAUCGACGGUAGCAACGUGGCCAUGGCUCACGGCCUUCAUCGGUUCUUCUCCUGUCGAGGGAUAGCGCUGGCUGUGGAGACAUUUUGGAGGCGGGGCCACCGGGAGAUCACAGUGUUUGUCCCCCAGUGGCGUCAGAAGAGGGACCGACUCACAACAGAGCAACACUUUCUAAACCAGCUAGAAGACCUGCGACUGCUCUCCUUCACUCCCUCCAGAGAGGUGUGUGGCCAGAGGAUAUCCUCACAUGACGACAGGUUCCUGCUCCACCUAGCAGAAAAAACAGACGGGAUCAUCGUAACCAAUGACAACCUGAGGGACUUUGUCGACACCUCGGACACCUGGCGCAAGAUCAUUCAAGAGAGGUUGCUUCAGUUUACUUUUGUGGAGGACCACUUCAUGAUCCCUGAUGACCCUCUGGGGAGAAACGGACCGCAUCUAGACUUCUUCCUGCGUAAAGACAACAGGAGGGCCCCGCCCACUCCUCCCCCUAUGAGACCCCCAUGCUUCCGGCCGUCGUCCCAGCAGCAGCUGCCGCUCUACGUCCAGGCCCUCCACUCGGCUCCUCGGACCCCUGCCUCCACGCCGCUAACCCCUUCCUCUCUGACGACGCACUGGCCCGGCUGCGGCCCACCCGAGUGGCUCCCGCCCCGCCGUUCCCCCUCGCCCUCGCCCUCCCCGCCUCCCCAGCGGUCGCCAGGGGAGACGUCGGUGCUGAAGACAAAGCUUUACGACAUCUUCCCCGACCAGAAGCAACGCAUCGACCGCAUGCUCAGCGACAACCCGUACAUGAGAGACCUGAACGCCCUGUCGGGGCUGCUCCUGGGAUAAAAAGACACACACUGAACAUAUGAACACAUGUGCAAGAAUAUAAGUGUCGGCAUAAAAAAAUUAUUUAUUUUACCAAUUAUCCCAGCUUGGAGUGCACAGAAAAGUUUUUAAUAACGUUUUACAUAAAGACUGAUCAUCAAACUAGCUGAUAUCGGCAAAACAGAUAUUUUUUGAAUAUUUUUCUCUCCCACUUCUUGGCUCUCAAAUUGAUUAAAGUAACAAUCACUGGUGUCUACAGAACCAAUACAAAAAUGUCAAGCAGCAAAGUCUAUAUUGUUCCGAUGGUAAUAAUUCAUUGCAGAUCCUUGAGUCCUGAGGUUCCCUAAAGUUUGGGAACAUCAGCAGGAAAAAACCACUUUGGACCAACAGCUCAGCACACGAUGGGUUUCCUCUCCAGAACCCUGUUUACCACCAGACUCUUAACACCUUUCUAAAUAUACCAGCCCUGAGCAUUUUAUUAUACAAUUUGGGACAGGUUUGCAUGUGUUUAUAUUUUCAACAUAUUAGUUGUUGACUUGUUAUUUUCUUUAACAGUGAACUCACUAUUAGGCAGUACCAGGGUAUUCAAAUCUGUCAGGGAGCCGUUUCAGCUGUUUAGAUGGUUUUUCCACCAUUUCCUUUGCAGUGCACUUUCAGGACGCUCUAUGAGAUCAUAAACUGUAAGUGACAGUUGAUGUCCGACAUAAAUCCCCAAAAGUCAUAUUUGGAUAGUAGACGCAACCUUUUUUUGCCGCUAACCAUAUACAAAAAAAACACCUUUUUAGACAUGUUUUAAGGGCAAUAUUUUUGAUUGUAUAACGAUGGGCAGUGAUGACAAAGUGAGGUUCUCUCAUCUCAGAUCUAAAUCUAGACCAUGCUUUAAUACUCAAAAAAUUCUUCCUAAAAUGUCAAAACAACUGAAGAUUAAAUGGUGUAUAAAGAAUCAUUCUUUUCAGGUCAGCAAUUUAGUGCUUUGUGAUUGUUCUAAUUUAUUAUUCUUUACUUUAGAACCUCAAUGUUGGACAGAAAUUGGCUCAAUAAUCCAAAGAAAAUAUGACAUAACCACCAUCUCCAUGUUCUUGGUGUUGAUUUGCAAACCUGCUGUUUAUAAGAGACCUCCGGGGCUGAAACUGAAUUUGCUGCUCUGAUAAACUGUGAUGGAGCCGGGCAGUUGAACUUUUGUUAAAUAUGUUCUAAGCAUUACUUGUUCAAGUUUGAGACUGUUAACAGUUCUCAGGAGGAUUCUGUCACUGUUCUACAUCUGUAUUUUGUUCCAAGAUGCUUACUGAGUCCUCCGCCUCAGACUUUAGGAAAUAAUGUCAGUGCAUUACACUACAACAGUUUAGAUCAUCCUAUGUUAAUUCAGUUAAAUGACCAACUUUAAUUGGACAUCACACACCAUGAGUUUGCUUUGCUGAAGAAAAUCUCCAAAGACAGAUUUACUUUUGUAAUUAGUGUUAAAUAGCUUAAUUGAAUGCACUGAAAGUCCUUAACGGUGUAAAACAAGGUUUCAUGCUUGAAUCAGUUUUUGUACGUUGAGAGAAUAUUGGCCGCAGCGUGCAUAUUUGAUGUGCAUCAGUUUUGUAAAAAUACACAGACUUUCUCCUUGUAAGAAAAAAAAGUAUCUGCACAAAAACUUCACAAGAUGUCAAAAUCUAAGUUUUGUUCGUACUAUCUUGUAAGGAUUACUGAAGGAUUUUCUCUUUUGCUGUAUUAUAAUUUUGUGUAUAUUGAUUUAUUUUUUGUAAAUACAAGGUUUUUUUUUUGCUACGGUGCACCUAUGGUUUUAUGUAUGUGAAAAACAAAAUAAAAAAAGCAGUCCUACAUA